AUGGGUGCUGGACAUGCCGAGUACUUCACCAUCCUACUAUACUCUAAUUCUCGAAAGGUGAAAUGCGACGAAAUGCAUCCAAAAUGUGGACAAUGCGAUCGACUGCAACACGAUUGUGAUUACACCCGCCGGUUGUCAUUCAGAGAUGAUACAAAUCGAGUGAAGCAGCGAAAUGCCGAAGUCAGUAUAGUCGGCAGUGUUGUAUGGGAUUCACAGGUUUCUUUCUCCAAUCCAACUCUACAGGAGCUGGCCGAUGCGAAGCUGCUUCCUCCCUUUCCACACCUGUCGAAUGAUGAAGAACGAGAACUCAAAGCGAUCCUCAACAAACCAGGAACAUAUCAUGUCAUCCUAGGGCCCAAAAGUUUUGAAAAUUGCCAGGACUCAGAAACAGAAGGCGAAAAUGACAGCUCGCCUUGCACAACACCUGGAAUCAAAUCAGAGAAUAGGAUAGAGGAUGAAAUCACGUGGGAUCUUCCGAAUUUUGGCAAGAGAGUUUGGCCAAAUAAUACUGGCUACACGGACAAUGAAAGCGUCAUAACGGAUGAUUCGGAAACGGUAUUCAUUCGAAAUUUCGAAGACCUAAGUUCCCCAACGCACUCCAAAACCUCAUUUCAGAAACAGGAAAAACGAUCCUUCUCACCAGAAACAUCAGAUAACUCACGACGCAGCUCUCUUAUGGGCGAGUCAUCAUUUCACCAUUCAUCACAGGCCGCCGAAAAUGAGGACGCGAUAUAUGCGACGCACUACAAAAGAUACAUCUCGUUGCAUUUCAUGAUAAUACAAGAAGGAUUUGCUGGGACAUGGGACGAUACUCAGCUGUUGCUAGAUACACCAGAUAUCUUUGAGCGGCAAAGCAAGAAUUACCCACGGCUACAUGAGGCAAUGAUGGCGCUGGCGGCACAGAAUUAUGGCCGAGAAAACGGGAUUUCGAAUGUCAAGGCUCUAGAACGUGCACAACGUGCACUUCCGGUAUGUGAAGAUAUGCAUGUCGAUAUAGAUGCGUUGUUCUCCACACAUUUUUUCCUUCUUGUCUACGAGAUCACGGCGGCAGAGCUAGGGGGCGAUUGUCUGUGGCAAAGUCAUCUUGAUCAGAUGGUUCGAAUCCUGUUGUCGAGGCCCGACUCAAAUACAGACGACCGACAACCAUUUAUCACCUGGUCCCUAGUAGUGAUCGACACACACGCCUCUUUGAGCGCGAAUGGGAACGGGGCACUGGCUGAAAUAUUGGAGAAAAACAACCUCAUUCCAGAUGUGCACCUUUUGAUACCGCCUACUCUCACAAGAAAAAAAGGUGGCGUCUCGGAAAUAGAAAAAAAUGCGUUUGUAACAGCUAUGAGGGCCAACCAAAAGAUCAUACUUCUCGGAGCAAGUAUGGCCAGACUUUCCCGGGGCUUCCGGAAUGAGGCUUCCGGUCAGACUUUAAGUCCGGGACAAUGUGAUUAUCGACAAAGAAAAAUUGAGGAAAUACAUGGGGAAAUGAAGAGUUUACUAUGGAGAGAAAUUGCUGCAACUGUAGGAUCGUUUAAGAAGCAGAACUCUUACGAGCAGUGCAGCCUUGUUCUACAAAGUCUUUACGAAGAGGCACAAGCCUUUGUUCACGCAUGCAUACUUUACGGUUAUGCAAGCAUGUACCCAUCACAGCUCACCAUCCUCACUUCAUUCCAAAAGAAUGAAAUCGACCAGGCAAUUUCUGCAAUAAUAAGUCAAACCAUGACCAAGACUAAUAUUUGCCAAGAAAGGCCAUUUCAACUUAAAUAUUUGGCUUUCCCCUUAUUCCUCGUAGGGAUCCUCUCACCAUCUUUAAGUCAUAAAAAACUUGCUGUAGGAUUUUUGUCACUUCUAGAACGAGAAUGCCUAGGCCAUAAUAUCAAGAGGCUAAGGAAUAUUCUACAUGAGAUAUGUGAAGAACAAUGUGGGCGGGAGGUAUGGUCAUUUGCUAUGACGUCUCCUUGGGAAGAUGAUAGUCUGAAGUGCCUACGUCAAAUAAGUUGGGAGGAGAUUUUGCAGAAGGGAUGUGGUAGACUCGUGAAUUUUGCUUUUUAA